AUGCCACACAAAUAUCAUUUCGACGUCACCAUGUCGUGUUCCGGAUGCUCUGGAGCUAUUGAAAGAGUAUUGAAAAAACAAGAUGGUAUAACUAAUUACAAUGUAUCAUUAGAGAAUCAAACUGUUGAUGUUGAGACUGAUAAGGAUUAUGACCUGAUUUAUAGUGUGAUUCAAAAGACUGGUAAAAAGAUUAAUGGUGGGAAAGUUGUUAGCUGA